AUGACUGCAGUGCCGGAAGUCGCCACAACCACGAAUGACCUCCUGGCUCAACAGCAGGCGUUGAUGCAUUCGAUCACUCGAGCGCUCGAUAAUUUCAAGAAGCUCGGGAAAAACAAUUACACCGCCGCAAAGGUUCGAGCGCGAAUAGCCAGCACCAAAGAAGUUUGGACGCAAUGCCUUCGCGUGCACUCAGCCCUUUUGCAAGCAAUUCCGGAGGCGAAAAGGAGCACGCUGGAUUAUUUUAAAAACAAGCUUUUUGACCAGGCCGAGGAGAUCCAUUUGACGACGUUAGACUACAUGGCCGAAUGUUUGGAGGAACUCGCGCCGCUGCCGCCGCUCAUGACGGCGAACAGUCAUGGGUCAUCUGCCUCAUCGUUCUCGCUGUCGCAUCUGCCGCCCAACAACAUUCCACCGUUCUCGGGGAAGUACGAAGAAUGGGAGACGUUCCGCGAUCGCUUCACGUCCCUCAUUAUAAACAAUCACGAACUUUCUGCGUUUGCGCGAAUGCAUUUUUUGUCGUCAAGCCUCACCGGGCGGGCGCUCGAAUCCAUUCGAAGUAUCCCGAUAACCGCGGAUAAUUUUGAAAUUGCGUGGAAAACCCUCGAGUCUCGGUACGAAAAUAAGCGCCGAUUAGUCAAGAUGCAUGUUUCCGCGCUAUAUAAUUUGCCAAGCGUCUCCCGAGAGUCAGCAAGCGAACUCAGUGAACUCCGGGAUAAAGCAAAUCGUGCAAUCGCGUCGCUAAAGAAUUUAGAUCGAUCCGAAACCGACAUUCUCAGCGACAUGCUCGUGUAUAGCGUCACGCAAAAGAUAGAUCCCGCCACUCGGAAAGCGUGGGAACUAAAGGGUAGGGAUGACGCGCGGAUCCCAACAUAUGACGAGCUCGAUCGAUUCCUCGAUUCUCGUGCUCGCGCGCUCGAAGAGUUAAACCCCGCGAAUGUUACCAAAGAAGUUCGCUCGUCGAAGGUGACAAGCGCUACCGCAUCGGGAUCUUCUCCGAUUUCGUGUUCGCUUUGUAAAGCGUCUCACUUUAUGAAUAAAUGUCAACUCUUUAUAAACAAGAGUCCGAGUCAACGACUAGAGGCGGUCAAAAAGGCUAAUCGUUGUACAAAUUGCUUAAGCGCCAAACACGCCGUGCAAUUGUGUUCAAGCAAAUAUUCGUGUCGCAUAUGUAAAAAAAAGCACCAUUCGAUGCUACACGUCGACUCGGAUACUUCUGCUGCGACCGCGUCGAUCACCGAUGCCGCGCCAAUUAUGACAUUGUUCUCGACCGCUAAAGUGUCGUCGAUGCCUCCCGUGUUGCUCGCGACGGCUAGAGUGACAGUCAGUUUCCCAUCCGAAUCGCCGAACGGUCGCGCUCGCGUUGUUCGAGCGCUCUUAGAUCAAGGAUCGGAGAUGACGUUCAUUACUGAAAGAUUGAGGCAAGGCUUAAAAUUGCGUCGCGUUAGCAUGCCCGUCUCGAUCUCCGCCAUCGGAGGCGUCGACGCCGGAAUAUGUCGAUACGCGGCCGAAAUUCAAAUUUCUCCGCUCGGCCAAUCAUCUCUCGCGUUCAAGACCAUUGCGUCCGUAAUGAAAAGUCUAACGAAGUAUACUCCGUCGCCCGUAACGUCGCCCGUCCAAUGGAGCCAUGUAGCCGAUCUUGCGCUCGCGGAUCCGGAUCCUACGAACUCGGACUCCAUUGACGUAAUUAUAGGUACCGAUCUUUACGGCGACUUGCUGCUAGACGGCAUUCGAAAGGGCUCUCGCGGUCAACCCCUCGCUCAGAAUACUGUUCUCGGUUGGGUGCUGUCCGGUCCCGUGACUGACGCACAAGCGCGUCCUCGAACAAUCACGGCCCAGCACUGUUCAAAUUCCCCGUCUCUCGACGAGGAACUCCGACGUUUCUGGGAAAUCGAAGAGAUUCCUCGCGCCGUUCCGCUAAGUCCGGAAGAGCAACAGUGCGAAGAUCACUUCCUCGCCACACAUUGGCGCCGCUCCGACGGACGAUACGUGAUUCGCUUGCCUUUUAAAACCGGCCCCCCAAUCGAGAUCGGUGAUUCUUAUAACUCAGCCGAGCGACAGCUGAGAGGUCUUGAACGCAGGUUAAACGCCGAUGAAAGAUUAGCGACGGAAUAUCGCGCCUUUAUCGAGGAGUACGAGCGACUCGGGCACAUGAAGCGUGUGCCGCCCGACGCAAGCGCGUCGUCUCAGCGCGUGUACAUUCCGCAUCACCCCAUUAUUCGCGAAAGCAGUACCACCGCUCGGUUACGGGUCGUCUUUAAUGCAUCGAAUCCGACAAGCAAUGGCACGUCACUGAAUGACCACUUGCUAACCGGGCAAAAAUUACAGACCGAUUUAGCCGCAGUUCUGCUACGAUGGCUGCUACCUCGAUACGUCUACUCCGCAGAUAUUACGAAAAUGUAUCGUCAAAUCGAAAUUGAUCCCCGUGACGUCGACUAUCAGCGAAUAUUAUGGUUAGAUCGCGAAACUCGAGCCAUCAUUGCAUUUCUGCUGUUAGUCUUAACGUACGGAACGGUUAACGCUCCUCACGAUGCACUUCGCGUUCUGGAACAACUAGUUCGGGACGAGGGAGGCUCAUUUCCGUUAGCGAUUCCGGUGGUUAGAAAGUGCAGGUACAUAGACGACUUUCUCUUCGGGGCGGACGACAUCCCGCUGCUUCGUCAGACGCGCGAUCAAGUAUGCGCGUUACUGAGUCGGGGUCGGUUCGAAUUACGUAAGUGGGCGAGCAACUCUCCGCAACUUCUGACCGACAUUGACAUUGAAAAUCACGGACUAGCGUGUUCGAAAACGUUGCAGGCCGAUGAGCAACUGAAAGUGCUCGGAAUAAGCUGGAAUCCCGCACUCGAUGUUUUCCAGUUCAACGUUUCGCUCCCUCCUUCCGUUCCAAAAACCAAGAGGUCGAUCCUAUCCCUGGUAGCGAAAAUCUUUGAUCCGUUAGGCUGGGUCACGCCCGUGACAAUAAACGCAAAGAUCUUUUUGCAACAACUCUGGCAGGCGAAAGUGGAAUGGGACGAGGCCCUCGCGGACAAACUUCUCGCGCAGUGGGAGACGAUUCACGCGUCCCUGGCGACGAUCAACGGUCUUCACGUGGACCGUUGGGUGCAAUAUGGUUCCGACACUGCGAACUGCGAGCUGCACGGCUUUUGCGACGCCUCCUCCACCGCAUUCGCGGCGGCGGUUUAUAUUCGCGUCACCUCCUUGGUGGGCGAGACGACGUCCAGAUUGCUCAUCGCCAAGUCAAAGGUCGCUCCGAUCAAAUCCUUAAGUAUUCCUCGGUUGGAAUUAUCUGCUGCCGUUCUAUUGGCUAGGCUGUUAGAAUUCGUGCGAUCGUCGCUACAAUUAACUGCCAUACCUUGCUUUUGUUGGACGGACGCUCUCGUCGUUCUAGCGUGGGUGACUCAACACUCUUCGAAGUGGAAAACCUUCGUUUCCAAUCGCGUCUCAGAGAUCCAAUCUCGCAUUCCUUUCGCCACCUGGAAACACGUGCCAACCGAAGACAAUCCGGCCGACUGCGCUUCUCGCGGCAUUCUCGGAUGUCAUCUCGCGUCCCACCAUUUGUGGUGGCAGGGGCCUUCGUGGUUGAGACUUCCUAAAAAUGAGUGGCCAGCUCAACGCGAACCGUCAUCUCACGAUACGACACUCGAGCAAAAUCCGCGCAUCACUACGCACAUAGCUAAGCCGAUCGAGCGGUGGGAUUUAAUGCCAGUUCAGCAAUAG